AAGGGGGGGAGGGAGGGAAUGUAAAAGCAUUUUCAAACUCUCAAGCCUGAUUUUGUAAAGAUGUUUUGAUCACAAAAUGUGAAAUAUACUAUAAAAAUAAUGUCGAGAAAACGAGGUUUGAGCCUGGACGAGAAGAGAAAAAGAAUCAUGGACAUAUUUUUUGAUACGAAGGAUUUUUUUCAAUUGAAAGAAAUUGAGAAGAUUGCUUCAAAAGAAAAAGGCAUAAAUAGUAUGGUUGUGAAGGAAAUUGUUCAAGGUUUGGUUGAUGACAAUCUUGUAGACACUGAAAAAAUUGGGACUUCAAAUUAUUUCUGGUCUUUUCCAAGCAAAGUUGUGAAUUCUAAAAAAACUAAACUGGAACAGUUAAAAAACAACAUUAAAACAUUAGAAAAUAAGAAAAAGCAACUUAUUGACAACAUUGAUGAAGCCAAGAUGACCAGAGUGAAUAAUGAGGAACGUGAAGAAAUUCUUAACGACUUGGUAAUAAAAGAAGAGCUUAAUUUAAAAUUGGCUAAAGAUCUCGAGAAGUACAAAGAAUGCGAUCCUGAAGUAAUAGAAAAAAUGAGUGAAGAGGCUAAGAUUGCACAAGAAUCUGCUAACCGUUGGACAGACAACAUUUUUUCUAUAAAGUCUUGGUGCACGAAGAGCUUUGGUGUAGAUGAGAAGGCAAUUGAUAAGAAUUUUGGGAUCCCUGAAGACUUUGACUAUUUGGAAUGAGACCCAUUUACAUAAAUUUAUUUGUUGAACGUUAGGCUUUUAGCAAUUUGUUGUAUUUCAGGAAGUAUCAUUUCAAAAAAAUUAAUUUAAUUAUUUUGCACAUUAAAAUUAAUUCUUUUCAAUUAACUGAAAAAA